GAGAACAUACAAACACACAGAGCUAGGGCGGAACUCCGCAGAUGUGAAACGAUACUGGCCGCCCAACACAUCAUAUAAUAAGAAAUAUAAAUAUUUUUUAAAUCGUUUGAAUUAAUAACAUGAUAUAUGUCAGAGAAUCUUUGCGCAACAAAAUCUUAACCGAAGGAGUCAGCUCUAUUGUAUUGUUUCAAUAAUGCAUUUUCAAUGUUCAUAUACUACGCUUACUGUUUAUUACCAAUUAAUGUGUCCCCUGUUUGUACGAUCACCAACUUCUUCCUUUCUUCCUCGUAUAAUAUUACUGUCUAAAAAGGAAGUGGUUUAAUUUGGCUACUGACUUGUCUAUGAAAAAGUCUAACUCAACGCGACAUAAUGCUGCAUUAAUUCAGUUACCUAGUUUGAUUCGAUUAAUAAUGAUUUAAUGUAUUGUCAAAAUCAUUCAGUUAAUCGAUAACUAUUCGGAAUUGAGUUUAAAACAUAUGACUUAUUUAUUUGUGAUUAUUAUUUACCCGUGUGAGGAACGCGAUCGGUGCAUCGUCGGUUGAUUACAUCGGUCUGCUUGUGCUGCCGGAGUUUCUCCUUUUUACUUUUGGUUUUGGGACAUAAACCUUCCGGAAAUAAGCUGACGCCUUGAUGUACGAAGGGGCUAAACUGCUUAGUUAUCGGCAAUGGCUAUAGCAUCGGAGUCCAUCUGUAUGAAGUCUGCAGACCUUAUCAAAAAGGCUCCCCUGGACUUUGGUGGCUUUGGACAGGUUUACCUGUGCUACCACAAGACCCACGGGCAGGUGGUCCAGAAGACCGUCUACACGGGACACCUACCGAAUCAGAAGUACAAACAGUCUCUGAUGGAAGAGGGUCGUCUCUUGCACAAACUGAAGCAUAAGCGGAUCGUCAAGCUUCUGGGCCUGAUCAUGGAGGACGGGGCCUAUUCAUUGGUCAUGGAGUUCAUCUCUAAAGGCAACUUGCUGGCUAUGCUGGCCAGGGUUGACGUACCAGUCUCUAUAAAGGGGAGGAUCAUUCUGGACAUCCUUGAAGGAAUGGUGUACUUAUCACAGAACAGCAUCAUUCAUAAAGACCUGAAACCAGACAAUAUACUGGUAGAUGAGGAUUUCCAUAUCAAGAUUGCGGAUCUGGGCCUAGCCACGUGCCAGAGCUGGAGCAAGUUGACAAAGGAGGAGUCGCGCAAUAAGAGCCGCUUGGGCCAGCGCACUUGUGGCACCACGGCGGGAACUCUCAGCUACAUGGCCCCCGAGCAUCUCAAGAGCAUCCAUGCCCUCUCCUCUGAGAAGUCCGACGUCUACAGCUUUGCCAUUGUCGUUUGGGUGGUGCUCACCAGAAAACAGCCUUACGAGAAUGCCCUAAACGAAGACCAGAUGUGCGCGUGCGUCCGUGCAGGGGACCGCCCUGACGAGAAUCUCAUCCCACAAUCCACUCCGGCCGAGAUGGUGAAGCUGAUGAAGAACUGCUGGCAGCAGAACCCGGAGCAGCGUCCAACGUUUACAGAAAGCUAUGAGUCAUUUCAACCCUUUUACAAGAAAAGCUUAGAGAAAAACGUGGAAAAGGAUAUACCACAACUUAUGGCAAAGUAUAAAGGUCCAGAGGAUUUCCUGGAGAAGAUGAAAUCCCUGUCUCUGGACUCUUUAAAUCUGCAGGGAGACUGUCCCACCUCCCUGAAGAGCUCCGAGGUCAUGCCCGUGGAGGCCAGCAUCGAGGACCUUCACGCCAUCGCCAGCGCUGAGCAGCUCUACCAGGGCGAUGCCGUGCCUGUUAGCAACCUGGAGGUUAAGCUGGAACAGGAGUUUAACUACCACAAGUACGGCAGCUAUGACUACCCCGACUGGCCCGACGUGGGACCUCCUCGGCCGUCUGAGGUGGGCAGGGAGGACCGGAGGGAGGCUCCGAGGGGAGCACGGCCACCACUGCACGUAUCCACUGUGCAGUCAUGGACCAAGAAUGACCCAGUUCCAGGGGGGACCUUGGAGAACUUCCCCUCGUUCAGCCAUCAGUCAACACCCAGUCCCAGUGUGGUGGUCACUCCCAUGGCCUCCCCUGACUGGAGCCCUCAGUACCAGUACACACCACAGCAUGAGCAGGCCCAGCUCCAUUCGAUUCCAAUCCCGGAAUCUGAAAAUCCAGACUUGUCGACAGGAUAUAAAUCAGUGUUCCUAAGUAAUGCAAAGGGGGUCCAGAUUGGUGACAACAACUGUCUUUAUAUUGGAUGUCAAGACUUCAGUCCGUCCAGCAUUCAGUCCAACGGAAGCAAGUCCAUGUAUCAGGAGCUUCUCCUGAGGUUCGAGGACCGUCCUGUGACGGAGGAGCAUAUCGAAAUGCUGCGGCAGAACAUCGGGAUCAACUGGAGGCAGUGCGUCCGGCGGCUCGGCCUCACCGAUGUGGAGGUGGAGACCAUCGAGCAUGACUAUGUUCGGGAAGGGCUGAACGAGAUGGUUUACCAGGCUCUGGGGCGCUGGAAGAUGAAAGAAGGCUAUGUGGGAUGUACAAUGGGCAAGCUGUGCCGGGCUCUCCAGGGGGUGGUCAAAGCAGAAAUUCUACACAAACUUCUUGAGAUCUGCCGGUCUCCCCAGUCUCCUUAAGCCCAGCAAUUAUUUCCUCAAGGCUCAGUUCUCCUGGAUCCUGGAAUGGAUCACAUGCUAUCUGCUGAGAAAGCACAACCAUAUGUGUGUUGUUGCUCUAUUUGGCUCUGUAGCUCUAAUGCUGCUGUACUUGCCAUGUCCCACCAUUGCCUCACCCCCAAUUUUCACAAUCAGGUACAUCAUACCCCCCCGAACAAUAUUGUUUCUGGAACCAUUUAGUGAUUUGUCCCAUAUUUUCUUUCACUCAGCAAUUUUAACUGAGGGGAAACCCGGGAGUGGGGUCCCAUAUUACUUCAUGGGGUUGAAUUCCCAUAGGGUUCAAAUCCUGAACCACGCCCCCAAUCUUGGCCACACCCACUUGCAUUCCUGGAAGCCAGGAAGCCAGAAUUAUUAGAUGCCAUAAUAAGUGUUUAGACCUGAAUAUGACAGGGCCAGAGUGGGUAUCUGUGUGUAUAUGUGAGAGAGAUGGGGGGGGGGGGGGGGGGGUUCCACGGUGGACUGUGCCACAUGCUCAUGUGUAUAACAGUUACCUUCCAUUGUCAGACUCCAGGACCUUAAGAAAUAUGGUAUAAUAUGGUCGUUUUUUUCCUGUUAGUUUGUAGCAUCAUUGCAAAGACUAAAGUGCAAUUAUUUUUUUAGCCAAACCCAGGAAAAGCCCAACAAUAACAGUAAGAAUGUUUUUUUAAUUAUAUAAAUAAUAUUCUCUUUUGAAUGGUGUGCAAAUCAGCUUACUAGAUUUUGAUAUAUGGUUACAGGAGAAAAAAAAGUAGCUUUUUGGUAUUCAAAAAUGUAAUAGAUGAAUUUAUUCAAACUUUUAACGAAACGUUUCUUGUGAGAAUGUAAGUACUCUUUGUACCAUCAUUUUUUUGAUCUUUUUUAGUCAUUUUUGUAAUCCUUUGUUCAGUCACAUCAUUAAUUGUUAAAUAUAGAUUCAGUUAUGCUAAUCUUUCUGCACAAUUCCAUUUCUGACACAGGUGAACAUUUCUGAAUAGUGGUCAUACUGGUAUGCACGAUACACAGUUCAGAAGAACAGCUGUCAGAAUGAGAUCCAACCUUACGUUUGCAAGCCAUUGCAAUUAUCUGUAUUUUCCUUAUGUAAAGUUUGAAUUGUCACUCAGUUUGCAGAAUAAAUAUAUGUUUCUGA